AUGAGCUGGCCCGGCCGUCGUCGUCAUGCCGAGCUGCAUUCCAAACGACCAAGCCGUGAUUCAAUGACAAAAAAGUGUGUUUUUCGGCGGCACACGAGGCGCGCGCGUUUCGGCCCUUGGCCCGGUUGUUGCCGACGACGAAACGGGGAAGAAGUGUGCAUCGAGGAGACGGCCGUCAUCGCCUCACCGCCUCGUCGCCUCACCACACCACAACAGCAGCAACGGUUUUGCACCCCGCUCGGAUCGGCUCGGUUCAGUUCGGUUCGACGACACUCCUCGGCGUGA